GGAUUCCAGGCUCGUCUACCAGGCGCUUGUGGACGAGGGCGUCAAGCCGAGCAUUGGCGUUCUUCUCGCAGCGAUCAAGGGAAUUCUCGUCUCACCGCUUCGUGGCAAGCGCAUUGGUGGACAUGUAUGCGAAAUGCGGCCGACUGGGGGAUGCCAGGAGGGUGUUCGAGAGCAUGAGCUCUCACGACUUGGUGUCGUGGAAUUGCAUGAUCCAAGGCUAUGCUCAGAGAGGGGAGAUGGAUUUAGCACUGGAACUCUACGAUCGGAUGCAAAGACAGGGCUGCGAUCCAAACCGAGGGACGCUGCUCGCUGCUCUCAAGGCAUCCGUGAGCCUGGCUGAGAGAGAAGAAGAAGAAGUAGAAGAAGAAAGCUCGAAAGUUUCUAGACGAACGAAGCGUGGACAGUGCUUGGAAAGAGGCCGAGAGAUACACUCUCACGCUGUGAAGACUGGCAACGAGCUCGAUCCUUUCGUGGCCAACACUUUGGUGGCCAUGUAUGCAAAGUGUGGAAGCAUGGAAGAGGCUCACGAGAUUUUCGACAAGAUGAGGCAGCGGGACGUGGUGUCCUGGAACUGCUUGGUGAUGGGAUACGCGAAGAACGAGCAAGGCGAGAUGGCUCUGGAACUCUUCUCGCGGAUGGAAGAACAAGGCUGCCAAGCAAACGCUGUGACUUUUCUCGGUGCUCUCAAGGCUUGCGUGAGCUUGGCUGAGAAAGAGCAAGGCACGCUCGUCCAGGGAAGGGUGAUAAAGUGCGAGUGCCUUGAGCGAGGGAGAAGGAUCCACUCCCGAGCUGCAGAAACUUUGGGACCGGAUCUCUUCGUGGCGAAUGCUCUUAUCGAUUUCUACUCGAGGUGUGGAAGCUUAGACGAAGCACGCAGUGUUUUCGAGAUCUUGGACAGGCGCCGAGACGUGGUCUCAUGGAAUUCCAUCAUCCAGGGGUGUGCUCAAUCUGGAGAGGGAGAUCUGGCUCUAAGUUUCUAUCGAGCUAUGAAAGGUGACGGCUUCCAGCCGAACAGGGUGACGGUUCUUGCCGCGUUGAAAGCUUGUGUGAGCUCGGCUGAAAAAGAAGAAGAUGGAGAUCCGGAGAGCAGAGUUUCAUCGGCAAAGUUAGCUCGAAUCCAAAAGCGUUUGGAGCAAGGCCGAGAGAUUCACUUCGAAGCAGCCAAGCUUGGACUGGACUCCGACGUUUUUGUGGCCAGCGCGCUCGUCGACAUGUAUGCCAAGUUCGGGAGCUUGCCGGAAGCUCGCAAAAUUUUUGAGAGUAUGAAGAAGCGGAGCGUAGUUCCCUGGACCGCCAUUAUCAUGGCCUAUGCUCAAAACGGCGAUGGAGAGAUGGCUUUGCGACUCUACUCACGCAUGGAAGACGAAGGCUGUGCUCCAAACCGGGUCACCGUUCUCGCUGCUCUCAAGGCUUGCGUGACUCUGUCGGAGAAAGAGCCCGCCAUGAAAGAGCUCUCGCUGGGAAAAGGAAAAGCUAUACACCGGCAGGCCGUGGAAAUGGGAGUGGACUCGGAGCUCUUCGUCGCCAACGCUCUCAUCGACAUGUACUCGAGGUGUGGCAGCAUGGCGGACGCGUCUCAAGUUUUCCAUGGCAUGAAGGCUCGAGAUAUCGUCUCCUGGAACUCCAUCAUCCAAGGAUUUGCACAGCGGGAAGGAGGAGAUCCAGAGACGGCCUUGAAACUCUACUCGAGAAUGCGGGACGAAGGGAAGUGCUCGUCAAACCAAGUGACAACUCUCGCAGCACUGAGAGCGUGUGUGAUUCUCUCCGAGCGGGAAGACGCACGAAAGCUAGCCGAUGUCGGUGUGAAAGUCAAGAGCUUGGAAAGAGCUCGAGGCAUUCAUGGCGGAGUUCUCGGGAAACCCGAGACUUUGGUGGCCAACACUUUGAUCGACGUUUACUCGAAGUGUGGCAGCAUGAGCGAUGCUCGCCAAGUCUUCGAUGGUAUGGAGGAGAAGCAACGUACCACAGUUUCGUGGACGGCCAUUAUCAUGGGCUACGCGGGGAAUGGCGAUGGCGAAGAAGCUCUGGAGCUGUUCGAGCGUAUGAUGAAGGAAGGGAGCUUUGCUCCGAGUGAAGUAACUCUUCUCGGUGCCUUGAAGGCUUGCUCAAGCCUUGCAGAAAAAGAAGAGGCGAUUUACGUCCAAGGCAAGGCUGUGAAAGCUCGUAGCUUGGAACGGGGAAGAUAUCUUCACUCUCAAGCGAUCAAGCUUUGGAACAGGGACGAAGAGCUCAACGUGUUCUUAGCCAAUGCUUUGAUCGACAUGUAUGCAAAGUGUGGAGAAAUGGUGGAAGCCCAACAAGUCUUUGACGAACUGGACCACCGGAAGAGCGUGGUUUCAUGGAACUCGAUGAUCCAAGGCUAUGCUUACGCUGGAAAUGGUGUUAAGGCUUUGGAACUGUUUGAUCGGAUGGAUGUAUUCCAAAGAGAUGGAGUAACUUAUCUGGCAGCUCUCAAGGCUUGUGCGAGCAUUGGAAGAAAGAGUCUUGGAAAAGGACGAGUCAUACACGAAGAAUUUAUAGGAAUGGACAAUAUCAAUGACAAUAGAAUAGAUGUAUUGCUGGCUAACUCGCUUAUAGACAUGUACGCGAAGUGUGGAAGCCUGGAUGAAUCCUGGAUGGUUUUCGAGAGGAUUCAUCCAAAACAACGAACAAUCUCUUCGUGGAACUCUAUCAUUCUUGCUCAUGCUGAGAGUGGCGAGGAAGAACAGGCUAUGGAGCUCUACUCGCAGAUGAAAGACUUGGAAAACUUCCAGCCGGAUGCGGUAACUUAUUUUGCGGUGCUCAAGGCCUGUGGGAACUUAGCAGCGCUUGAGACUGGCAAGAAGAUCUGCAACGAGAUUCGAGAAGUUCCAGGGAAACUCCAAGAUCAAGUGAUGCUCGCAAACUCUAUCGUCAGUUUCUUCGCGAAAUGUGGAUGCAUGGACGAUGCCGAGCGAGUUUUUCACUCGAUUUCCAGGAAAAACAUUGGCUCCUGGAGUGCUCUCAUCGCCGGAUAUAGCUUCCAUGGUGACACUGAUCGAGUGUUUGAGCUCCUAGAAACGAUGAUCCAGGAAAAAGAUCCUCGCCUCCUACCAAAUGAGAUGAUCUUUCUUUCAGUGCUCAAUGCUUGCAGCCAUGCUGGGCUCGUCGAGAAAGGCUUGGAGCUCUUUGAUGUGAUGCGCUACACGUAUGGGAUCCCAGCAGGGAUCCACCACUACGCUUGCAUGGUGGAUCUUUUAGCUCGAGCAAACAAGCUUGAUGAAGCUUUGGCGAUGGUGGAAGGCAUGCCUGUGGAGGCCGACGCAGUGGUGUGGACGUCGCUGCUGGCUGGAGCCACGAAGUGGAAGAAUGCAAGGAUUGGACGCAUUGCAUUUGAGAAAGGAUUGGAACUAGGUUCUGGCAAAGAUCGUGUAGCAAACUUGAUUCUCAUGUCUAAUCUCUAUGCAAGCCUUGGAAGGUUUGAGGAGGUGAUAAAGAUCCAAGACAUGAAAGAACAAUUACAUAAUUCAUAAAAAUAAAAUUCUAAUUAAAACAUUUUUA